UUAUUUCUGCAAUUUUCCUUUAAUUUAUCUACAUCUGAAACUUUUACUAAUGUAUAAAGAUUUUCAUGAAUUUCGGACGUUAUUAUAACCUCUGAUUACUGAAUUUUCACAUUUAUUUACUCUAAUAACACUCGUGAUAAACAGAUUUACCGUAUCUCAUCACUGGGAAAUCUGUGAAAGGUCAAAUCAGGAUUUUUUGCCUUCGAUGUUCCACAAUCGGUGUAGACACAAAGUGCACGUGGAGGCGACAUGCUGACCACGAAAUCUUCUUCGCUAAACACGAUAAACCUAUCCAAAAAAAUCUCACGAAACUAGAACGAUGUACUUCCCUAUUCACUACUAUUAUUUAUCGCUAUUUGUUGCAAAAAAAAUCUGUAAACUGUCGACUACAAUGACCAACAAACACAGAGACUGCGGUAAAGCUCUCUUCGCGCUGUUUACACAGCAGGAUCGAGCGGGAAACUGACAGGAGCUGCGUUUUCGCGGUUUUUUCCUAGUCAGAAAAAUAUGGUUGUCGCAACCAAUACUUUUGUAAAACCUCCUUACACACUCAUUAUUCAUUUUCUUGUCAUUUAUUUACUUUCAUUAUUGUUAAAAAGUAUAUUUUACAUAAUAUACUGCAUGAAUGAUGAAUCGUCUGCUUGUGCGUGCUCAUAUGCGCGCCAAGCUGUAGGAAACUCAUAGGUGGCGCCGCCGAGCGGUUGGGUAACAGAACUAACGGCCUGUUACCCAAGCUUUCGUCCCCCCAUUUUAACCCAGAACCGUUCUUCUAUAGGAAGUCUAUAUUCGUUGCUAAUAUUAUGCAAAGAAAAAAUACUUGCAGAUGUAAAGUAUCUUUCAACUACAACAUAAAUUAUAAGAAUAAAAAUAAAAUAGUGGGUCAUAGAUGACUGACAACCUGAGUCAAGAGUAUGCAGAGUACAUGAGGUUGAGGGCCGAAUUGGAUGAGAUCAAUCCGAGUCAAAUCGAUAAAUAGGAAAUUUAAUAAAAACUUUCAAUACUUAAGAGGGAGGGAGGCAGAGGCAAUCGUCGAGGUUUCAGAGGCCGAGCAACCGCCAGACGAGCUGAGUAUGAAGAUGAUGGUGAUUACUGGGAUGAGUAUGACGAAAACGAGCAAAAUCAAGAUUUGAAUGAUGGAUGACGGAGAACGUAUGCCAAAAAUCAACGUUGAAAAAGAAAGUCAUAAGCUCACAAAUAUACAAAAAGAAUACAUGCAACGGAUACACCAUCAAAAUUUGACCAGAGUUCAAAAGUGGAACCAAAUCCGUCGCAGAAAUCGAUUUUUAGGAGCAACCUUAAGUGUUUUCGUUGUUUCAAUUUAUUCUUAUACUAUGUGGGCUAUAAAACAAGAAAGUUUUUUAGAUGAUUUUAAUGAACCAGAAAAAGUAAUUGAUAUAUAGAUAGUGAAACUUUUAUUCAUUGUGUUUUAUUUGUUACUAAUAGUAGCUGAAAGCACAGAAAUAACGUAAGAUUUUAAAAGAAUGGUUUCAUUAAGAUUACCUCCAACACCAACUAUUCGAGAUAUUAUAAAACUUUAUCGACUUUCCGCUAUCAAGCAAUUAUCACAAAAUUUUUUAAUGAAUGAAGCACUAACAGAUAAAAUAGUCAAGUCAGUUGGAAAAAUAUACAAUUCACAAGUUUUAGAAGUUGGACCUGGGCCAGGCGGAAUUACCAGAUCAAUUUUAAAAAAGAAUCCGAAGAAACUUAUUGUUGUAGAAAAAGACCAACGGUUUAGACCUAUUUUAGAUCUUAUGGAAAGUAUUGUUUCUGCAAGCGAUGUUGAUAUGACACUUAUAUAUAACGAUAUAAUGAGUAUUAACACAAAAGACGUAUUUUCAUUCAAAGAUAAAAAAGAAUGGAAUGAUGAAUGUCCUAACAUUUUUAUAGUAGGUAAUCUACCAUUUAGUAUUUCAACAGCACUUAUUAUUAAAUGGCUACAUGCUAUUUCAAAGCAAAAGGAGGCGUGGUCUCAUGGUAGAGUACGAAUGACUUUGACUUUUCAAAAGGAAGUUGCUGAACGCUUAGUAGCAGAUGUGAUGGGAAAUCAGAGAUGUAGAUUAUCGGUUAUGGCGCAGACAUGGACAUUACCUAAGUUACAAUUCAUUAUUCCUGGUAGCGCUUUUGUACCAAAACCAGACGUGGAUGUUGGUGUAGUUUCAUUUGUUCCUUUAAAAACGCCACGUACAAACCACGAUUUUCUUUUUUUUGAAAAAGUGAAUCGUCAUCUAUUUAGUUUUCGUCAAAAAUACUGCAUCAAAUGUGCUGGGACAUUGUUUCCUAUGGAUCGUCGUAAACAACUUUCAACAACUAUGUUCAAGUUAGCUAAAAUUAAUCCAGGAAUUCGAUCGUUUCAGUUAACUGUAGAAGAGAUAAACAGAUUAGUAAGUGCGUACAAAUAUCUUUGUGAAAAACAUCCUGAAAUUGUGAGCUAUGAUUAUAGAGCAUCAAAAAAAAUAGUAUCAAAAAAAUUAACAAAAUCAAUAAGUGUUCAAGAUUUCACAGAAAACUAAAAGUUGUGUAAUCAUUAACAACAAAUUGUUAUAUAUUUAAUGUAAGAUCAAUAAAUAAAAAUUUUGUUUAUUA